AGCAGUCAAAUUGUGUGUUUGUGGUGCGAAACAUUUAGGAAUUAGGCCUUGAUAAUGGCUUCAGAGAAACAAGAAGAAGAUGUCGAGCGAAUUGUUAAUUGUAUCAACAGCUGUUGGCCUGACUCUACAUUUACUUACAUGGAUAUCCGUAAACCGUGUGGUGAAAAAUUCCGUGAUGUACUUAAGAAAUUUCUUAAAGGUUUUCUAGGUUGCAAUUACCAGCUACCCGCUGUCAACAUGAAUGAAUUUUCACGGAAUCCUGAAAUGUUUCCACACUUGGAAGGCAAUAUGUCACUAUUUCGUGAAAUCAAUGAUAUUCUCAAGCAUCUUGGAUACACCAACUUCAAAUAUGGAAAUAUGCUAAAACCAACAUCAAAUAUUGUCAGAGAUGUAUUGCUGAGCUUAGUAAAUUUCCUUGCAUACUUUGAAGCUGAAGAAACCCACAAAGAGGAAAUUGAAGAAGAAGUUCAAAGACUUAAACAUCAAGUUAUAAACAACGAAAAGCGUCUGAUUGAAGAGGAGCGUUAUUUAGAUAAAUGCAGACAGACUGAUGAGGAGAAGAAAAUUAUGGGGGCUGAAUUACGACAUAUGUUGGUUAAUAGAAAGGAAAAGUAUUUGAAAAUUGAGGCAGUUGUUACAAAGCUAGAAAACGAAGUCGAUGAUUUCACCAAACGAAUACAAGGUAUUAGUGUCAGGAUAGAGCAAGCUGCAUACACAUUAAAACAGGUGGAAUUGGAAAAAGAAAGAGCUGCAGAAGCAGUUGUUCCUGAUCCAGAUGCAUUAGAAGCAGAGCUUAGUAAAAGCCAUUCUGAUAAGGAAAAAGUAGAGGUGGACUUUAUGUGCCUUAAAAAUCGAUUGCCGAUUCUUGAGCAGCAGAUCCAAGAUCGUACAAUGCAACUUCAGGAGCAUAAAGAAACCCACCAACGCUUAGCACAAGUCAAAACCAGAGAAUCUAAAAUAAAAUUAGAGUGGCAGAAAACUGAGCUUGGUUAUCGACAAGUGGACGAAGAGAAACAGAUUCUGGAAAACCAAUUGAAGAAAGAUACGAGUUUAAUAGAAAGCAAAAAGCGGAUGUUUGAUGAAUAUAAUCAGAAAGUAGAACAACUAAGAGGUCAACUGGAACAAGCCCGCUCUGACGUGAAACAACGCAUGAAUGAAGACGAUUGUCGAAAAAUGCAGUUACUAGCACGUAUUCAAGCUAUGGACAACGAAGUUGCUCAGUUGAAUCACGAUUUGAACUCUGGCCAGAAAGCCCUUGAAGAAGGAGCUGCAAUUUUCGAAGCCAUUCAUUACAAGCAUCAGCAAGACGUCGCUGAAAUUUCUCGCAAGUACGAAGAACGAUUCGAAACCAUUCAGCAAUUCCUUUUAAAUGGAAAUUUUCCAAUGUUUUCUUCAUAGUUUUUUGUCCCACAUACAUGUCACCAGUAAAGGAUGUCAACCCAAGUUCUUUUUGUUACAAUAAAAUUCAUAUUGACCCAUUAAAUAUUAUUAAAAACAA